CCGCCAUCUUCGCUGGCUGCGCGCUGCGGUGAAGGCGGCUCCUGCUGGGCGGCAGCAGCGGCGGAGGAGAAACUGAAAACAAAUUCAACGGCGACGACAUCUGACGACGUAAAUUUAGAGCGGGGAGGAGGAGGAGGGGGGGGCGGAGUCGCUGAAGCGGAGGGUCAAAAAGGGGGGUCGGUCGCCACGACGGAGGCGGCGUCGUUUCUGAGGAGAGGAGCAGCAGGAGGAGAAGCGCGCCAACUCGCGAAAUGCCGGCCGUGUCCAAGGGCGAUGGCAUGCGCGGCCUCGCCGUCUUCAUCUCGGACAUCCGCAACUGCAAAAGCAAAGAAGCCGAGAUCAAGAGGAUUAAUAAGGAGCUUGCUAAUAUUCGCUCCAAAUUCAAAGGUGACAAGGCGUUGGAUGGAUACAGCAAGAAGAAGUAUGUGUGCAAGCUGCUGUUUAUUUUUCUUCUGGGCCAUGACAUUGACUUCGGGCACAUGGAGGCUGUCAAUCUGCUCAGCUCCAACAAAUACACUGAAAAACAGAUUGGCUACCUGUUCAUCUCGGUGCUUGUCAACUCCAACAGCGAGCUGAUCAGGCUCAUCAGCAAUGCCAUCCGCAACGACCUGUCGAGCCGCAACCCCAUCUUCAUCAACCUUGCCCUGCACUGCAUCGCCAAUGUGGGCAGUCGGGAGAUGGCCGAGGCGCUGGCGUCUGAGGUCCCGAAGCUCCUCAUCGCUUCAGACACAAUGGACAGCGUGAAGCAGAGCGCCGCACUGUGCUUGCUGCGGCUUUACCGCACCUCGCCGGACGUGAUCCCCGUGGGAGACUGGACAUCGCGGGUUAUCCACCUGUUAAACGACCAACACAUGGGGGUGGUGACUGCAGCCACGAGUCUCAUAACAGCGCUGGCCCAGAAGAACCCGGAGGAGUACAAGGGCAGCGUCUCGCUCGCCGUCUCGCGACUCAGCAGGAUCGUGACAUCCUCUUACACAGAUCUGCAGGACUACACGUACUAUUUUGUGCCAGCGCCGUGGCUCUCUGUGAAGCUUCUGCGCCUGCUGCAGUGCUACCCACCACCCGAGGACCCGGCAGUGCGCGGGCGUCUGAGCGAGUGCCUGGAGAACAUCCUCAACAAGGCGCAGGAGCCGCCGAAGUCGAAGAAAGUGCAGCACUCAAAUGCCAAGAACGCCGUGCUCUUUGAGGCCAUCAACCUCAUCAUUCAUCACGACAGCGAACCAAAUUUGCUGGUGCGCGCCUGCAACCAACUGGGCCAGUUCCUCCAGCACCGCGAGACGAACCUGCGCUACUUGGCCCUGGAGAGCAUGUGCCUGCUGGCAUCGUCGGAGUUCUCGCACGAGGCGGUCAAGAAGCACCAGGAAACCGUCAUCAAUGCCCUCAAGACCGAGAGGGAUGUGAGCGUCCGCCAGCGAGCCGUGGACCUGCUCUACGCCAUGUGCGACCGUAGCAAUGCACAGGAGAUCACCUCCGAAAUGCUCAACUACCUGGAGACAGCCGACUACUCGAUCCGGGAGGAGAUGGUGCUGAAGGUGGCGAUCUUGGCGGAGCGGUACGCGGUGGAUUACACGUGGUACGUGGACACCAUACUCAACCUCAUCCGCAUCGCAGGCGACUACGUGAGCGAAGAAGUGUGGUACCGCGUCAUCCAGAUCGUCACGAACCGCGACGACGUGCAGGGCUACGCUGCCAAGACCGUCUUUGAGGCACUGCAGGCCCCAGCAUGCCAUGAAAACAUGGUCAAGGUGGGCGGUUACAUCUUGGGAGAAUUCGGAAAUCUCAUCGCUGGAGACCCUCGCUCCAGCCCCCUCGUGCAGUUCAACCUGCUGCACUCCAAGUUCCACCUGUGCAGCGUAUCGACGCGCGCGCUGCUGCUCAGCACGUACAUCAAGUUCGUGAACCUCUUCCCCGAGAUCAAGCCCACCAUCCAGGAGGUGCUGCGCUCGGGGAAUCAGCUCCGCAACGCCGACGCCGAACUGCAGCAGCGAGCGGUCGAGUACCUCAAGCUGAGCACCGUCGCCACCACCGACGUGCUGGCCACGGUGCUGGAGGAGAUGCCACCGUUUCCAGAGCGCGAGUCGUCCAUCCUGGCCAAGCUCAAGAAGAAGAAAGGCCCGUCCACCGUCACAGACCUGGAAGACGGCAAGAAGACCGGCCCUGGUGGAGAACUCAACGGAGGAUCUGAACCCAUCGCACUCAAAGCCAGCGCCCUUUCCACCCCGUCCCCGUCCGCGUCUGCUGACCUGCUGGGCCUCGGCGCCCCCACCGCGGCGGCCGCGGUGGCCGCAGUCGCGGCGGGCUCCGUGCCGUCGCCGGGAGGGCCGGGGCCCAGCGGCACGGUGGUGGGGCCGCCCGGCGGAGGUGGCGGGGGGGGAGGAGGAGGAGGGCUGCUCGUCGACGUCUUCUCCGACAUUGGCACCGCCGCUGCGUUGCCUUCCAUCUCCUCCGAUGAAUACUUUGCCAACCAGCGCACUCUCUCCCCGCCCGUCUCACUCUCUGAUGACAGCGCCCUGCAUGGCGCCGAUGAGCUCUUUAACAAGUUUGUGUGCAAGAACAAUGGGGUUUUGUUUGAAAAUCAGCUGCUACAGAUCGGAGUCAAGUCUGAAUACAGACAGAAUCUAGGCCGCGUCUGCCUGUUCUACGGCAACAAGACGUCCGUUCAGUUCCAGAGCUUCUCGCCCACCGUCGCGUGCCCCGGAGAGCUGAAAAACCAGCUGGCGGUGGAGGCUCGCACAGUGGAGCCGCUGAUCGACGGUGGGGCCCAGGUCCAGCAGAUGAUCAAUGUCGAGUGCUUGGACGACUUCAGCGACGCACCUCUCCUUACCAUCCAGUUCCGCUAUGGGGGCUCCAUGCAAAGCAUCACGAUGCAGCUCCCCGUCGUUCUCAACAAGUUCUUUCAGCCGACUGAGAUGGCCUCGCAGGACUUCUUCGCACGCUGGAAGCAGCUGAGCAGCCCACAACAAGAAGCCCAGAGAAUCUUCAAGGCAACGGCACCAAUGGAACUAGAGGUUACCAAAGCCAAGCUGGUUGGGUUUGGCAUGGCCAUGCUGGAAAGAGUCGACCCCAACCCGGACAACUAUGUGGGGGCAGGAAUCAUCCAAACGAAGACUUUGCAGAUCGGCUGCCUUCUGCGACUGGAGCCCAACCUGCAGGCGCAGAUGUACCGCCUCACGCUGCGCACGAGCAAAGAGAGCGUCUCCAAAAGGCUUUGCGAGCUCCUCGCCGAACAAUUCUGAACUCCGCUCGUCUCCAUCCACCCCCCGCGCGUCAGUUUCUCACGCACUCAAACGCUGUCCCUCCCCUCCUCCGCCAUGCCGCCUCCUUCCUCUCUCCACGUGUCGUGCCCAUUGUCGUUUCCUCUCCCACGUUCUGGUAAAGGCCACCCCCCCCCACCCGCUUCGUCCGUACUUUCGAUUGAAAAAUCGAUUUGGAGGGAUUCCCUCCACCUCUUCCACCGCUCCCGCCCCCCACCCUCGUGUCGUGGAUUCACGCUUCCGAGAUCGUGCUGCAUUGUUGCGUGCUCCUCUGCUCACUCGCUCGCGGUCUCCCGCUCUCUCGCUAUCGCUUUGUCCACGUCAUAUGAACUCUAGAGCCGUGUAUAUCUGAUCUCCCCUUGGCUGGAGCCUUACAUCAAUUGUGAUUUAUUCUUUCCCCCCCUCCCCAUCCCAUGACCCUCCCAGGCCAAUUGUAUAACCCUCAGCCUGGAAAUCCUUUGAACACUGAACCUGACCUUAAUUUCCUACCCAAUCUUGUCCUUGCACCCAGCUCUUAAUACAUUCCACUGUUGUGAUUGGUUCCCCCAUGACAUUGGUCGACUGAAACUAAAUUUUAAACCUUCCUGAUGACUAAUCAGGUGUGAGCGUAGGGAAUGCUUGAGGCUCAGAAUUAAGCUAAAAUACGCUGCGGCUGUGACAGCGAUGGGAGGGGAGGGGGAUUUUGGCGAUUUUUUUCGUCUUGUUUGCGGGCAUUCGGGGCUCGCAGAGGUGAUGGGCCUUGGCCACUGAUACUUGGGUUACUUGAGUAAAAGCUACGCUUCUGAUUCCGAAGAAAUUUCGCACGUUAUAUUUCCGUACACCAUUUCAGACUUAUUUUUCACAUCCUCAAGAAAGUGGGGUUGUUUUUGCACAGCUCGAGGUCAUGUUCAUGUGUAGGAUGUUCCCCAGAAUAGUGGUGAUGCGAUGCUUUAAAUGCACUUAUAGUGUUACGUACACAAACUCGCAUGCACACGUGUGACAACAUUGCACGGGAGGAGUGAUUGGUAUUUAAAAGGCUCUUACGGGCGAGAGAUUAAAAGGCAACAGGAUUGGCCAAACGAGACAUGUUGAUGAUUCGUUUCCCUGUUACAUCUUUAAGAGUUUACCACUUUUCCCUCCAUACCUUCUCUUCGCAUUGUGUCGACGGGCAUGCACAACAGUCGUGGAAUUCCAAGGAAGCUAUGAAAGCAAUGACAUUGUUGAUCUCGUUAGCCGCUUAGGGAAGGGGGUUAUAUUUGUUUGGAUCUUAAUUAUUCGAACUAAACUGUUACAUUAUCAUGAUGUCUUAUACAAAUAUGCCCAGGCCGAAGGAUACAAAUUAAGUACGUUCUUCUUACUUGGGCUUAAAAUAUAUAUACAAAUACAUAUGAGAAAUCUCUCCGCGAUUAUGAAAUCCACCUUGCUAUAAGCAGAGGCAAUACCUCCUGCUUUGGCAGUAAACUAUUGGGGAAGGACUGCAAAACUGCGUCCCCACUACUGCAGUGUUAAGCUACCCCCCGGGAAUAAAAAUCUGCACCAAUUAAAAGCGGCGGGGGGGGGGGGGGGCUGUGUUUAAAAUGUAAAUUAUUAUUUUUUUGUUAUCGAGCAAUUGGCGACAAGAUCAAGAAAGUUGACUUACAGCAUCUUGUUUUGGGCUUGUUACACACCCCCCCUCCCCCCCACGUUUUACAAGCGAAGUUUCACCCUGUAGAUGUCUCUACUCGAAGUUUUUGUUUGUAAUUCAAGACGGAAAUGUCUAAUCGAGGAGUUUCACCGCCUCCCAUAGCAACAGUUUUGAAUCCCAUUACAGCGCCCCCACCCCACAUGCUUGUCAGCCAGAUCAGCAGUUUGGUGUAGCAAACGACGCGGUAAACUCUGAUGGUACCAAUCUCUAUUUAUGGUCACUGUAUUCACGCGUGAUUGAUAACAUUUUGACUUAAAAAUACCAUCUGUGGUUAUGGACCCUUUAAAAAAAAAACCUAAAUGUCCUAAUAUUUUUUUUGUUUUGCCUGCUUGUCAAUCGCUCACUAACACGUUGCGAGUGACAAGCUGUAUCAGUUGCUGCGGACAAGUUACCUUCUCCCCAUGGCGUUGGCCAGCUCAGUGGGCCUUCCUGCCCCACGCACACCCCCGGGAUAACCAGCACACAGAGAUACAACACAACCGUUUGGUCUGGGCUGGUGCACUAAUUAGUCAAAGAGUUGUUGGUCAGUGCCGCUUUGGUAACGCGUGUAUUGAUUGCUUACCCACGAACGUGAUUUUUUUUUUAAAUAAGAUUCGUGAUUGUAUAGCGUGUGAUCCUGAUGUGAGCCUGUGGACUAACUUCUAUCACUGUCGCUUCUCAAAAGCCAAUGUGGUGAAUUAAAUUCUGAAUGUCUCGCGCGCUUCAUGGUUCCAAAAAAAUGCAAUCGAUUUAAUAUAUAGGACGUCUUUUUUUAAAUGUUGACGUAGAGACCGAUGUCGUUUCACGUACCCCCCCACCCUUCAUCGCUACCUCCGCCCCAUCGCGUAAUGACACCAGAACUAUUUCGGCAAACGAGCGGCCACAACCUCGGUCUCCCUGCCCUGCACGUGGAUAAUGUUACGAACUCAUUCGUGCAUCAUUUAUAAACACCGUGGGUGGGAGUGAGUUACAGGCGGUGUUCGGUGAUGUGUCCAGAAUCCUUUUAUUAGAUAAGUGCGGGACUGAGUUGGUGGGCGUGAGUGUCUUGCGGAAAUUGUAAACUUUUUGGAUACGUGAAUCACAGACCAUGUUCAUCGAACUCGUCCGUGAAUGAGCCGAACUUCAACCACUGCCACUUUCGAAACACGACCACACCAUCAUACAUGCGUUGGCACAUGUAUGUAUAAAGUACACAAGCACAUGUGAUAUUAAAAGGUAUGGCAUGUAAUCUAUCGGAACACAUGUACAAUUCAGGAUGUUUAAUGCUUAUAUAUUAUGUGUGUACUGUAUACAUAAGCCUACUAAUAGUAUACGGUUAUAUGUGAUGUAUAUUUGAGGAUUGGAUACAUUUCCAAGCACUGCCCGUACACAAAAAAAUAUAAAACAUGUAUACUGUUAAUAUAAUGUGCGUGUAGAUGGUCAUAUGAUGUGUAAAAGUAAUUGAUCACAUACCUGACUGAUCCGAGUGGGGCUCAUCCGGUGGUGGUGGUGGUGAUCCUCAGCCAGUUGUCGGGAUAAGGGCAUUUAACUUAUGGUACAGAGCGACUUCUGAUUCAAAACCACGUUCGCACUUCCGCUGGUGUGCCAAAACAUUUGUUUAACAUCAACGAGCGAGGCGUUUUACCGAUCACGGAUGGGCGAGGAGUGAUUUCAGCUAGGAGGGGACUUUUUUUCUUCCAAACCUAUGUGGUUUUUACGAUUGAGAACCCCACAGCAGAACUCGUUUGAGAUGCGCCACCUGCUCGCUUGUACAGCAGUACCCCGAUUUACGGCGUCUCGCAACUACGUCGUCGCUUGAUGAUUCACACCACCGCUACCUGAUUUGCGUCGCCUCAACCUCGCACCAAACUCGCGUCGCUGACAGCAGCAGCAUCAUCAUCCGUCCUCUCUCCUAUCCCGUCGCCUCUCAGCCUUCGCCUCCACCACCCACCUACUACACACCCUUCGAUUUGACGUCGUUUCGAUAUCCGUCGUCGCACCUAUUUCAGGAAACGCACCCCCGACGUGAACCGGGGCAUUGCCGUAGGCGACAUUGUUCCGGAAUGCCACUCGCCCGUCUACGCACACAUUCAUUACGGACGCGGCGGGGUGCCGACCCAACGAUGAGCGUGCCCACGCGAAAUCUAUCGUUGGUCUCCCGUGUGAUCCAGAUGGGAUGUCCCCGCCAGGUCGGAUCUGACUUUGUUGUUGUGUUUCAUGGCCAUUGUGAAUCCCGUCGCGUGUGACGAUGCCCCCCCCCCCUUCCACCGAUUUGCUGUCCGGCUCUCGAGUUUCUGUGAAAGUGAGGAUCCGUGGUGUUGAGCAACUUCAACGCUGUCGUUUAUGCUGUCGUGGUUUUUCUUUGGUGGUGGAGGGGGGGUCGUGGCGGCGGUGUGAAAAACAACUCUUGGUUGAUUUUUGUCUUCCCUAUCCUUACAACCCAGUCCUCCCUCACCAUGGUGAUUAAAUUAUGUGAUUCAAGGGUUAUUACGGACUAUAUUUAAAGCGGCUCAACACAAGUUGCAUGGUUCUGCAGGUGUGUGAUAUCGUGUGGUGUGGCUUCAGUCUCGUGGACGUCGUUUGUAUGUCAGUGAACAUGUGAAAAAUGUAUCCAGGUGUAUACGUAAUGUACGUGUGUAGUUUAAUUGUACGCAGCUAUGCGCAUGGUUACGUGUGUGUGGGAUGUGUGGUGUGUACGGGUUCCUAUGCACGGAUGCGCACGUGUAUAGGACGGGUGUGUGCUCAUGUGCGGUGGGACGGUUGCGUAGUGGUUAGCGCACUGCGCUACGACCCCGGCGUCCAGAGUUGGAUUCCCGCUCACAGCCACCAACAAGCAGGUGACGAUUAUCUGAAUUGUUGCCGGGCCCUCCCCUAAGUCGAAUCCGCCUCGCGAGUACUUGGUGCGGUGUGCAGUAAACAUCGCCACCGGGGAGACAAAGACGGUCGGGCGUAAGAUUGUUGGCCACCCACCUCGUGUGCCGUGUCGGCCGCCUUCACUGGGACUCGCCAACAGCAUUUCCCUGGGCCGUCUGUUCAAGGCUUUACGGGGUGGGUGGGGGGAUAUCCGUGCAAAUGUCUGGUGACCCGUAAUCGAUAGAUGUGCGCACAUGUACACGCGUUUUAUCAGGGUGCUGCUCAAAGGAUUCUAAUUGUUUUCUCAAAUUCACCCCCCCCCCCUCCUGCAUUCAUUCAUUUGCCUGUUAACCUGAAGCCACUGCGACCUUAACAAUCGCUCAAUAUUUAACAGGUUGCUCAACGGAGUUGGACAAAUGCAUCGCAGUCAAUGCACAUAGUCCUAGUAGGCCAGUGUCCUUCACUGCAAGGUCCGCGGGCCACUGUCGGUCCCUGGUGGCCUUUAGUGCGGCCCCCGACAAUACAGCAAUGUCAAAACACCACCCCAUCAUCAGCGUGCUACUGUCAAACCAAACAAUGGUUUCAAAUGUGUGGCGAACCUCCUCGCACUGACGAUGUCUUAUCGGCGCAAGUGGCCUAAACCUCUGACAAUUGUGAAGAACGCUGAUUUCUAUGAACUGGUCUUGGGUCGCCUCGAGGCUGACUCAAACUCACGAGAACCUGGUGCAAUGUGUAAACAUUGCCACGAGGGAGACAAAGGCGGUCGGGCGUGGUGCUAUCCACCCACCCCCCGUGUGCCGUGCCGGCAUUCACAACCUUGCAGUUGAGACACCCAGAUAAGAGGAGGUGGUGGAGGUCGCGGUUAUAUUCGCAGAUUUGGAGUUACAUUUUUAUCAGCUGUUGACUUUUACACCAAAGAUAAGAAAUUGAGAGGCGGGGAGACUAGAGGCCCAAAAAGACGGAAACUUUGCCCCAUAUGCUGCAUACUGAGUGGCUGCAUACUAAGUGGCAGCACCCUGUGUGAGUGUUUUUGCUGGCGUGUGGGUUAUGUAUGGUGCGUGUACACGUGACCACGCGUGGUGCACGCAGUGACUGCGCCCCCAGUAGCCAGCGCUUGGUAGCACAACGUGAAAUCUAUGAUAUCGUACAAACUAAGCAACCGUUAAACCCGCCCCCACCCAACACGGCCAAUUAGUAAGGUUUGUCACGUAAACAAAAUAUGCCAAUUCGUUACUAGUUCAGCGCGCAGGUGUGUUGGAGAGCAAACCCACAACAUUUACAAUUCGAGUUCGCCGUUUUGCCAGUAAUUGCAACUAGCAUCAUCAGGCGGCAUGAUUUACUAAUUGGCUGUGUGGGAUGAUGGCGGGUUUAACAAUACAUUUAUGCGAUCUAACCCAAAAAACCUCUUAUGGAUAACCGGGCUUUCGCGACCAAUAUUAAACCAACGUUUGCUUUAUUGCAUGCACGGCCUUGUGCAAUAUGAACAUCUUUCGUCUGCAUUGCUUUCUAGGUAUCGAUUUCAAUGUACUGCAUUGUCCCUAUUUAAAACGAUCCAAAUCGUAGUGUUAACCGUUAACCCAAUGGAAAUUGCUUAAAUGUGUUUCUGUUUAAAAGUGAAUGUAUGGUUUCACGCGGAGAACAGACGGAUCGCUUGAGUUCUCUUUUAAGCGAAUCGGGAAUCGUCUUAGUGAAAUUGGGGCUUGAAAAAAUGUGCGGCUGAUGAUUCACAACAUUUCUGGAACUACAGAUAUCGCACACGCACGUCAUCGUUCAAAUAAUGCACAUGAACUCGGCAUUACAAAAACUGUAAAAAAAAACACAAUCUUGUUAUUUUCACUCUGUACUUCAACGUUGUUAGCGAUGUUUACUGCAUGGGUUCGGAACUAAUUAAGGAUUAAAAAGUUGCAGUGUUGAUAAUUUCCCGUGUUUAUCUUUAUAAACACGUGAAUGUCGAUCGCGUUUCAUGUAUGGCACACAAUGCUCAAUAUAAGAAACCAGGUUCAUCUAGUGUCUGGGUUAAACCGUAAAAACAAAUUGAACCAAUGUAAAGUUUCGAGAAGGAGCCUUUGACCAAACUCACUCGGAAUGUGCACAGCUCUUGUCAAAUCUCGGAAGCUAAGCGGAGAUGACCCUGGAUCGUUGUGUAUCGGCUUGCAGCAUGCACGACGGAUUGUAGAAAGCUGGGCCCCAACAAAGGGCAGAGCAGCAGAAUCCAUUGUUGUACCAUGUACCCGUCCCCGCCUGUUUGCUGCCCACCUUCACCAAGCUGCGUGACGUAAUGGCCAAGUGACCCCCACGAUCACCCGCACCACGGAGUGGCCUCGCCCAGCAGUGUUUGGAGAAGGAAUGCCCUUUGUGGGAUGUGCAUUAAGUUCGCCCUGAGCAGUCCUCCUGGGUGAAAACUCGACCCCAAAGCUAAACAACCCCCCCCCCCCCAUAGCAAUACGGGCUUUCAUUGGUAGAUUUCAAGUAAAAAAAUCACUUUUUGGACGCAUGGAGAUUUUACCGUACAGCAAUCGGUGAAAGCCGAAUACGUAUGUUUACAUUUAUUUGAAAGGAAUACGUGAAAACGAAAUCUAACCUUGACGAGCCUCUCAAUGAGGACGCCUUUGCAAAGUGCGAAUCCGACACGUGGUCACUGUGACCGCUGCACACCAGUAGGCGGUGCACCACUGCAGCCCGGCCACGUGGCCCGUCUUCACGCUGGUGAUGUCAUCGUCAAUCGUGAAGCCACCGCAUUCCAUUGGCUGCAUGACCACACUGGUUAGCGGGGUGGGACGUGCUUUGUCACUGGCAGAGCCAGUGGGGGGGUGGCACGUGCCCCCCCAAUGAUCCGAUCGAAAUCCCUAAUUUCGAUCGGAUCAUUGGGGUUUAUUAGUAAUACAUAGGCAUUUGCGACCCCCACUGCCACUGUGUAGCAUAUUAUCAUGUGCCAGGGACUCGAUGAGAUGAUAGGACAAUAGUCUGAGUCCAUAAUUGGCAAUAAGUAACGGCAAAGCGGUGAAAAGUGACUCAGAAUUGUGCGCAGUUGUGUAUACAGGACACGACUUCCCUGAAGGCAUUCACUUUCAGCGAGUGCGAUGCCGAUCACACGACGCGGUUCGAAUUCGACCCUCGAUCGAUGGCUGCGCCAUCGCCGCACACGCGUCGAAUAAAAAGCAAGGGACAAGUCCUUACUUACUCACAACUCUUAUCAUUUCUCGUUGGUGGAGGGGUUGCCCCCCCCCCUACCUGAAAAUCCUGGCUCCGCCAUUGUACUUUGUAGCGAUAGCUUUUCGCUGGUCACCAUAUAUACGGGGUGGUCCAAAAUUAAGGCCGCAGGGUUAUUAGGUUUAUUUUAACACUGGCAUUAAAAUGUUUUAACUGUUCAAUGCGUUCAAUUUGCGUGCUGAGUAAAUAGUAUACACGCUCCCUUUUAAAAGUUGUAAUUAAUUUUAAAACUGUAUUAUCCAUUCUUAAAAUCGUAUAUUAUAAAUGUGUUUUUCACAUAUAUUCCAUGCAAUCGUACAUAUGACACCCCUUUACAGACCAACGCUGCUAAUUUAUUAUGCACACUAGCAAUUGCACUGGUCAUAAAUAAAAAAAUAUAUAUAUAUUUACCUUACCUUUUCCCCCAUCCAAAAGACGUCGGUGGAUACAAGAUAUACAGUUACAUGGAUACCGGCCAGAGCCGUGGCCGCAUUGAUCCUCAGCACUGGCCAGACAGACGACAAAACGCAGGAGCUGUUCAUUGUCGCAUUGUGAAUGCAACGACUCAAUCGCAGAAGCCCAUCCCAUUUGGCAAAUAAAGUGAUGAUGACAACAAAUGGAGGUGGCCAGGUUGGCUCGGAGCUUUGAGCUGCCACCAGCUGCGAUUCUGGGUUUUCAUGUUUUUUUUCUAGCGAGUUAUUGAUCGGUCUUAGCUCAGGCAUCAAUAACUGCUUUUACCCAACUUUUACCCAACACUGACUACGAUUGGCAUAAAGUCUGGGGAAAGAUCUCUUUGUGAAAGUAACAUAACGUGCCACGUUGUAAUGCGUUUAAUCGGAUCACCGUGCAUGAUUUCUGCAACGUGAUCUUUCAAUGUUGUACUUCAGUAUCAUGUAAACACGCCGUCCGUUUUUGUUAGCUCAUUAUGAGAUGCGGGCAAGUGUAGAUUAUUACGGCGCACAAUCAUUGUCGUCUUAAACAUCUUAAGCCUUUGAUCGUCUUUGAUUCGUACUAAAGCAGCGCACAACGCAUGAUGUGUUAGAAGGAUUCCGAUAAGCGACACACUUUUCCGAGACACCUACUUUUAUUUACUUAAAUAUUACUUCAUCGUUUUUAUGAUUAAUAAUACAAUCAUGUUCUGGAUUCACACCCCCCCUCCCCCCACUUUAUUAAAACCUCGUACCUCCCACUACAUCUGAACCCAAUGAGGAGGAGAGUAUUCCUAACGAGUCAAGCCGCGUUGUCUUUUUUUUUUACUUUUAAAGAGCCGAUCGCACACUCUUCACUUUUGUUCUGCCGUCAAAACCGCAUUGGCAUUUUGUUUUGACAUUUAAAGAACUCGCUGUAAGGUCAAAGCAUCUCAAGCGCAAAGAUGAUUUCUGCAACUUUGUUUUCUCCAUCCUGAUUACUUUUAAAAUAAGUUAUAGACUUUAUUUUCCGAAAAGGGUGCUUAGAAGCGUUAUCACUUAAUCCGAUUCUAUAGCUUAUAGUGUAACUUAUCAAAGGGGAUACAUUUGAGGGAUCUAAAAUAUAUAUAUUGAUUUGGUAUACUGCACAUGCGUUUUAAGUGACACAUGCGGCAAACACUUUAACCUCUGCUCGCUCACACAACAAGAAACACAUCAACUUCCAAUUUCAAAGAUGUGAACUUAAUUUUAAUAACUAAAAAGUGGCAACAUUGAGCAACCCAAACUGAACGAGGGGCAACGGCUUCUCCAACAUGAAAUCGAACCAUCGUUAGACACCGCGAUUCAAUCUCCCUUCGGCUCUACCAGGUUAGAAUUAAGGCGGUGUCAUUAAAUAUCUUUUAUCAAAUGGGACUGCAUCUCAUGGGGUUUUUUAAAUAUAUAAUUUCUGUAAUGGAAUUAUUUCCCCCCCCCCCCAUCCACAGUGUACAAUGUCGUUAUCCAGUAGCUACACGAUACUCUGUAGAUUGGAUGUAUAAAAAAUAGUUGUGAUCUUAUUGUUAUUUGGGUGUUUUUCGUGAAAUCAGCCUGUAUGCUAAAUUACGUUGUGUAUAACUACCAUAAAUAAAUCGUUAUACGUAUAUGUGCGUGCAAUGAGCUAUA